AUGACUGGGUCGGCGGGGACCGGGAGUGCGGCAGGCUCGGAGCCCAUCACGCCGAAUGCAAAGAAGGUGCGGCGAGAGCAGGGGCCAGACUCAAAAGAGCUGGAGACUCCUGCCCCCAAGCCAUGCAGUGCACUAUCUCGCAUCUGGAAAAAGCACCAGAAGCAGUUGCUGAAGGAGGCGCCGCUGGGAAGCAGCACAUGGCUGACAUGGGAAGGUGAGGGCUUCUCCUGCCUGGCUUGCAAAGGCGUCGUUUCCGGUCCUUGGGCAAGUGGCUCCGCGGUCCGUGGCGAGGAAGCCCUAGGCCGUGUUCUUUGGUACAUCCGAAGACAUGCGCAGAGCAAGACACAUUGCCAGGCUGUGAAGAAGGUGUUGGGGGUGAACAGCUAUGAUGAGGAGUUGGGGGCACCAUCUGUGCAUCAAUUCAGUACCCUGUUCAAAAGGUUGAAGGAUGGAGACUCCUUGCGUAACUGCAAUGAGUUCAAGCAGUCCAGCGACAAGACGAAUCUCAUGGCCUGGUGUCUUGCGGAAGCCCUGGCUGAGGCCGACAGGGUUUUUUUUCGCAAAGCCACAACAAUGAGCUUAGCCAGGGACGCACGAAGGCAGCGUCUGGUCAUCCGCUGGGGCGCAUCAACAUCAGGCUUGAUGGCUGCCAGUGGGCUCCUGGGUGUGGCACGGGACUUUGGUGAUCGUAGCAUUGACAUCGUCCAUGCCACGGAAAAAAUUCUUCGGGACGCCUGCACUCAAUUCCUCGCGCCUCCAAGAUAUUAUGAGGGACCGCCGCCCCAGUUGCAGGAGGAUCUCUACCAGCAUCUGCAAGCCAUCGUGGAGGUGCUUGUCACUGAUGCUGCAUCGAAUGAACUCGUCGCAGGCGAGAUGGGUCGUGGUCGACGCCCGCGUCCAGACUGUCACCAGGAUGAGGACAUCCCAGUGCUGCUUCCACGUGUUCUGAUGCUGGCUCGUGACGCAGCCCACAGCUUUCGACGAGUCCUGACUCGCCCCUAUCUUGCAGAUGAAGUUCUGACUUCUGUCAUGGAGUCCUACAUUCUGAGCAAGCACAGUCCAUGCCAGAUCAUUUGGCAUUCCACACAUUUCUCUGCUUUGCUGGAUUCUUGGGUUUUCACUGGAUUGUUUUCUUUUUAG